ACUAAUACACACAACGAAAGAUAUUCCACUUUUUGGUGAGAUACGUGAGAUAUGAGAAUCGCACAGUUGUACGCACACUUCCGUUUGGUGUGGAAACGUGUGAUCAGAAGUAGAUCGCUAUUAUUCAGUAAUUCUCAAAAGAUGGGUGAACCUUCAGGGUUAACGAACAGCGAAGCACACGAACUUUGUAAAGAACCUGAUCCUGUAACAAAUGGGUACAUUAUGCAACAAACAAUGUAUCGUAUUAAAGAUCCACGGAAGUCGUUACCAUUUUACACCGAAGUACUCGGUAUGCGUCUAUUACAAAAGCUUGACUUUCCCGAAAUGAAAUUCUCUUUGUAUUUUAUGGGAUACGAAAAUGCAAAGGAUAUUCCAACCGAUAAAAGGGAAUGUAUUGAGUGGACAUUCAGCCGCAAAGCCACCAUAGAACUCACUCACAAUUGGGGUACUGAAGCUGAUCCUGAUGCUAAAUACCAUAACGGAAACUCUGAACCACGAGGAUUUGGUCACAUUGGAAUCACAGUACCUAAUGUCGAUAAAGCAUGUGAAAGAUUUGAGAAGUUAAAUGUAGAGUUCGUGAAAAAGCCUAAUGAUGGCAAGAUGAAGGGACUUGCUUUCAUUAAAGAUCCAGAUGGUUACUGGAUCGAAAUUAUGAAUCCGUCCAAUGUUGCAAACACAGUACUAAAUCAUUAAUUCGUUAUGAAUAGUGUAAUUUCUUCGAGUACUCUGCACUGUAUCAAUUUUAUUAAAUACUGAACAAUAAGAGGUAAAAG